CAGCCGAGAGCUAGCAGCAAGCGAACCAACGCGCCCCCUCGCCGCCGCUCGUCGGAGCCAAGAAAGGCGACGCAGCAUGUGCAACGUCAUCUCGAUCCCGUCGGUCUCCUGGCUGCGCUGCGCCUUGCGCCGGUGGCGAGCCCGCCGCUCCACCGCCUCCGCUACGGUCCCGUCGGGGCACGUCGCGGUGUGCGCCGAGGGAGCGCGGUUCAUGGUGCGGCUGGCGCACCUGAGCCACCCGGCGUUCCUGGAGCUGCUCCGGCAGGCGGAGGAGGAGUACGGCUUCCCGUCCGGCGCCUCCGGCCCCGUCGCGCUCCCCUGCGACGAGGACCGCCUCCGCGACGUCCUCCGCCGCGUCUCUUCCUCGUCCGACGACUCCGAGGAGCCGUGCCGCACAUCUGUCCGCCGCCGCCGCCGCCGUGGCGACUCGCGGCCGCUGCUGCAGGGAGUGGCCGCGGAGAAGCUCUUCUCAUGAGCGACCGGCCGGCACCGAACGAUCGAGCAACCAAGCGCCCAAUUUCUGCGCGCCGCAGCAGCGACUCGUCCAAGAAAUGGUACCCCGGACCUACGCGGAGAGAAGGCGAAAGCCGCCGUGAAGACCGUUCGGGCCGGCGUGGCGGCGUGCCCCCGUCCCGUGCCCAGUGUAACGCCGGCCGGGGUACUGAUCAUGAGCUAGGAAGUACAGUGUGCGACGGUGAUGGUAGUAACUGAUUGAAGAAGGCGACGAUUUUUUGGGAUUGUUUUCUCCUGUAACUAUUCUGCUCGUCUGCGCAACUCCUUGCCGAGGGCAUACGAGUAAAUUAAUUAAUAAUAAAAAA